GAUGGUUGGUCUGGGUUAAUAAUUAGCCAGGUGUGGUCGACUCAGAGGGGCAUAUAUACACUCAGCUCUGCCCACAAACGCUCUCCGGCAACAAAGAUAUUGACGGACCUGAACAUGUGGGGAAAAGCUAUCUGUGGUGUGAUUGCAGCCGUGCUGCUGUCCGUGGCGUGUGCCGCCCCUCAUGAGGGGGACCACGGGGGCCACAGCGAGGACCACCACCACCACCACCUCCACCACGGCCCCAACGAGCCCCACCACUCCCAUGGACAAGGGGAGGAUGCCUGCCACAAGCUUUCCCCCCACAAUGCAGACUUCGCCAUGGCGCUCUACAGGUCCCUGAGUGCCAGGCCUGACGUCAAAAAUGUAUUUUUCUCCCCCUUGGGCAUCGCUAACGCACUCUCCAUGCUGUCGCUGGGAGCCAAGGGCGAGACCCACAGCCAGAUCUUCUCCACACUGGGCUACUCCAAGCUGACCCCGGAGCAGGUCAACGAAGCCUACGAACACCUCCUCCACAUGCUGAGUCACGCUAAGGACACCAUGCUGCUGGACAUGGGGAACGCUCUGGCCAUGAGGGACGGCUUCAAGACCCAAGAAAGGUUCCUGAACGACGCCAAGCACUUUUACUCCAGCGAGGCCUUCAAUGUCGAUUUCAAGAAAACGGAGCAGGCUGCGGCUCAGAUCAACAAGUUCAUCGCUCAGAAGACACAGGACAAGAUCACGGACAUGGUGCAGGGGCUGGACCCUGAUACCGCCAUGGUGCUGAUUAACUACGUCCUCUUCAGAGGAAAGUGGGAGAAGCCAUUUGAAGCUAAACUGACGGAGAAGGCCUCCUUCCAGGUGGAUGAGAACACCAAGGUUGAGGUGGACAUGAUGAAGAGGACGGGCCGCUUUGACUUCUUCCAAGAUCCAGACAACUUCACCAGCGUCAUCAUGCUGCCCUACAAAGGCAACACCUCCAUGAUGGUCAUCCUGCCCGACCAAGGCAAGAUGAAGACUGUAGAGUCGUACCUCAACAAGGACUACAUCAAGCACUGGCACGACUCAAUGUUCAGAAGCUCGGUGGAUCUGUUCAUGCCUAAGAUCUCCAUCUCUGCUUCCUCCUCGCUGGGCGACAUUCUAAAGAACAUGGGCAUGGUGAAUGCCUUUGCAGACAGAGCUGACUUCUCUGGCAUCUCUGUGGAGACCCAACUGAAGGUGUCCAAGAUUUCCCACAAGGCUGUGCUGACUGUUGACGAAACCGGCACUGAUGCAGCCGCUGGCACCACCAUUGAAAUCAUGCCCAUGUCGCUGCCAGACACCAUGAACCUGAACAGGCCCUUCCUGGUGCUGAUUGUUGAAGACUCCACCAAGAGCAUCCUGUUCAUGGGGAAGAUAUCUGACCCCACAGCUGAAUGCCUUUGCAGACAGAGCUGACUUCUCUGGAAUCUCUGUGGAGACCCAACUGAAGGUGUCCAAGAUUUCCCACAAGGCUGUGCUGACUGUUGACGAAACCGGCACUGAUGCAGCCGCUGGCACCACCAUUGAAAUCAUGCCCACGUCGCUGCCAGACACCAUGAACCUGAACAGGCCCUUCCUGGUGCUGAUUGUUGAAGACUCCACCAAGAGCAUCCUGUUCAUGGGGAAGAUAUCUGACCCCACAGCUAAGUAAUCUGACCAGUCACCUGGGAAGGUCACCUGACCACAGACAACCACCAGACAAGAUGUUCAGCUGUGGUGUUGUAGUACAGAACACAUCUGUAACUCUUAUAAAGUCAAGAAUCUAUUUACAUCAAGGAGUGUUGUGUACUUGCUCCUUGAAGUUGAGAGAAUAUGUGUGUACAUAACACAUUAAUCCCUGAACCAAUGAUGGCAACAUGUAAUUACUCUUCCUUCAGAUCGUUUGGCUUCACCUUAAUACUAACAUCCUGUACUAGUUUGUUGAUGAAAAGGAGAAUGUGUCAUCCUUCAGUACUUCUGCCACCUGCAUACCGGUACACGUAAUGCUCCUCCUCUGUGAAAUUUUUUGUUGGAUGAUAAAAGAUUAAAACUCAAA